AUGGACGAGAAAUCACCCUACGCCACCGGCUCCGACGCGGCGUCGGGAGAGGCGAGGGAAUGCGCGCCGCCGCCGCCGCCGCCGACGGAGACGCUGCCGUCGUCGCAGAGCCCGCCCCCCGACGGCGGCCUCGUCGCCUGGCUUCACGUCCUCGGCGGCUUCAUGCUCUUCUUCAACUCGUGGGGUCUGCUCAACACGUUUGGCGUCUACCAGACGCACUACGAGUCGGGCGCCAUGUUCCGCCGCUCCUCGUCGGACAUCUCCUGGAUCGGCGCCGUCCAGGCCUACCUCGUCUUCAUGGUCGGCCUCUUCGCCGGGCCCAUCUACGACCGGGGAUACUUCAAGGCCCUCAUCAUCUUCGGCUCCUUCGCCAUCACCUUUGGCCACAUGAUGCUGAGCCUCUGCGCCGCCUACUGGCAGGUGCUGCUCGCCCAGGGCUUCGUCGUCGGCAUCGGCGCCGGCUGCCUCUUCGUCCCCUGCGCCUCCAUCAUGCCGACCUACUUCCGCGCCCGCCUCGGCCUCGCCAUGGGGCUCGCCUCGGCCGGCUCCUCCUUUGGCGGCGUCAUCUACCCCAUCGUCCUGUCCCGCCUCAUGGAGCGGCUCGGCUUCGCCUGGGCCGUCCGCGUCAUCGGCUUCGUCGCCCUCGGCACCCUCGCCGUGCCCGUCGCCGUCAUGCGCAUGCGCUUCAAGGCGCCCAAGGUGAGGUCGCUCCUCGACGCCUCGGCCCUCACCGACCGGCCCUACCUGCUCUUCGUCGUUGCCACUCUCGUCGGCUUCGUCGGCCUCAACGUCGCCAUCUUCUACAUCUCCUUCUACCCCUUCAACCUCGGCUUGGCCGACAAGAACCUGUCCUUUUACAUGGUCGCCGUCUUCAACGCCGCCUCGACCCUCGGCCGCAUCGUGCCCAACGCCGUCUCGGACAAGGUCGGCCCUUUUAAUAUCAUCGCCCCCUGCGCCGUCCUCUCCGGCGUCGUCCUCUUCUGCAUGACGGCCGUGCGCACCCUCGCCGACGACAUCGUCCUCACCCUCCUCGUCGGCUUCUUCAGCGGCGUCUUCAUCGCCAUGCCGCCCGUCUGCUUCGCCGCCCUGACGCCCGACCGCUCCAAGCUCGGCACGCGCGUCGGCAUGGGCUUCGGCAUCGUCAUCGCCGUCUCCAUGCUCAUCGGGGGCCCCGUCGGCGGCGCCGUCCUGGGCACCACGGAGCCCCUCAACUGGACCGGCUGCUGGGUCUACGCCGGCGCCUUCACCAUGGUCUCGGGCUUCAUGUACGCGGCCAUCCGCGUCAUGCGAUCCGGCUACGGGCUCAUGGUCAAGGGAUAG